AUGCCGAGUACAAACUGCUCCGUGGCUAUGACUUUCAUUAAUAGUCCUUGGUUGAGAUUCGCUCUUGGGUAUACAACUUUUCUACCUAUUUUGUCGAUGAUUUCACUCAUUUUGACAUCGAGAAAGUUGCGGAUGACAGUGCAUAUCGAUCGGCCGUUUAAGGUGUACCUGUUUUUCUGUUAUGGAGUGCUCAGUUCACAGAAUUGUUGCUUCAUCGUUUUACAUACAACUUUACUGCUCCAAUACACCUUUUGGCCUUUCUGUGAGGUUCAAUUACCCAGAUGGUUUUGUUAUGGGAUUCGUUUCACGGGCGCUCUUUCACUUUCAUGUCUCAUUUAUAUGAAUGUUGCGAUCACUUUGUUUCGUCUAAUCGUUUUUCUCAAUCCUGGAAUCGCGUCUAGAAGACAGGAAAUGUUGAUCGGUAUUCUGGGAAUGCUAGCGAUCUCUUCUUCUUUCGCUGAAGCUUUCUACAAAUACAAUGCUUUCGAUUUCAGUGGAACGGUCACCUAUUGCUCAGCCAAUCAAUCAGGAAUAUUCAGUAAAUUGAAUAUCUUUGCAUAUGUUCUUUUCUGUAUCGAAAUCUCGGUGGUUAGUGGUGGAUUGAUUUUGAGGAAUUUAUAUCAAAAAGAGAUGAAACAACGAAAGAGUUACGAUGUGAACACGGGUCUUUCUCUCCGACAAAUCGCUCACACAUUCCAGAUUUUUCUCCCAUUCAGUAUCACUCACAGCUCAUUUUUCCUUUGCUGGCUUUUAUUCUCUGUUUUCUAUCGAUUAUUUUAUGGAUCAUUCCCUGAUGAUGUUUAUUAUUCGUUUUCAUUGAUACUUUAUGCUCCAAUCUACUUCUCAGUCUUGGCUCCCUGGUUGUUAUUUUCAAUCGUUAAAAGAGCUGAAAUGGUUACAAUUUCAAAAACAUCAAAUCUUUUGGCGCGAGAAGCCGAUGCGACAAAUCUCUAUUUUCAAAUGAACGACGAAGUGUGGGGGAAUGGAAAAGGGAGGAAAAUGAGUGUGACGAGUUUCCGGACGAAAGUUUUAUUGAAAAUCUCGAGAAAUCACAAAGUCGAUGGAGAGAAA